AUGAUGGAGGGAUGGGCGAUUAGGGAUUGGAAAUCAUCUGUUGCGGGGAUUUGCAAAUCGAAUUCUAGGCUAGGGUUUUUAGAAUAUAUAGACUGCUUCCUCUCGGCCGUCACUUCUCUACAUUGUUUCUUCUCUCUCUCUCUCUCGCGGCCGAGUCUCCUACUUUUCAGAAUGGAUUCGCAAAUCAAGCAUGCUAUCGUGGUGAAGAUUAUGGGUAGGACUGGGUCUCGAGGCCAAGUUACUCAGGUCAGAGUGAAAUUUAUUGAUGACCAGAACCGUUUCAUUAUGAGGAAUGUCAAGGGACCGGUUAGGGAAGGCGAUGUUCUAACCCUCCUGGAGUCCGAGAGAGAGGCCAGGAGAUUGCGCUGA